ACCGGAUGUUACUCUUUGAGCAGUAGUAUCCUAACGUGAGCUAGUAGAAACAGCUCGGUUUGUUGUGUUUUCUGUUGCUAUAAUCCAAACAGAUCCAUCAGAGCCUCUGUAUGUCUGGAAACCCGGAUGACUUUUCGCUGUUCACCUUUUUUCCCUGAAUGUUUUACCUCGGAAUCAGCUACAAAAGCUAUUAAAGUUAGCUUAGCAUGCUAAGUGACUGUUUGGUGGCGAGGUGUUUUGACCGAGUUUGUGUGAUUGUGUGAAGAUGUCUAAGGUCCACAUUCUGAGAGCGUUGGUGAAGCAGCGACUAACCGCGGCUGCUGAAGAGAUAUUUGGGCUGUUUGAAAGAACGAUAGCAGAGUACGAGGAGGAACGGUGUCGGUCAAAAGAGGAGAACGAGCGACAACGGGAACUUCUGGACGCUGAUGUCCAGCAGCUGUCGGUGAGGGAAGAAGAGGUUCCCCCUGAGCAGCGGGAGUGGAGCCCCAGUCUGGACCAGCAGCACCCAGAGCCCCCACACAUUAAAGAGGAACAGGAGGAACUCUGGAUCAGUCAGGAGAGAGAGCAGCUUCAAGGGCUGGAGGAGGCUGAUAUCACCAAGUUCCCAUUCACUCCUGUCCCUGUGAAGAGUGAAGAUGAUGAAGAGAAACCUCAGCCCUCACAGCUUCAUCAAAGACAGGACUGUGGAGGACCAGAACCAGCCAAGAACUCAGAUCCAGAUAUAGAUUUACAUAUAAAUAUUGAAGACCAGACUGGAGACUCUUCUGAACCUGAGACUGAUGACAGUAAUGAAUGGAAAGAGACCAGAGAAGCUCGGCCAGGUUUAAACUCUUUGGAAAAGAAAGCUGUUCCUGCCUGUGAUUCGAGAUGCAGUAAGCCUGCUUGUCAGAAACCAUUUAGCUGCUCUGAGUGUGGGAAAAGAUUUGGCUGCAAGUCCCAUCUGAAAGGUCACAUGAUGAUCCACACAGGAGAGAGACCUUUCAGCUGCUCAGUUUGUGGUAAAAGAUUUGGUCGCAAGACACAUCUGAAGGGUCACAUGAUGAUCCAUACAGGGCAGAAACCUUUCAGCUGCUCAGUUUGUAAUAAAUCUUUUGCACGGAAUAAUACUUUGCGGUUGCACAUGAGAACCCACACAGGAGAGAGACCUUUCAGCUGCAGUGUUUGUGACCAAAGAUUCACUUGGCUCCUUCAGCUCAGAAACCAUCAGCGUGUCUGUUGUCAGUCCUCACAGCUUCAUCAGAGACAAACUGAACAGAUGGAAACAGAAGCUGAUGGAGAGGACUGUGGAGGACCAGAACCAGCCAGGAAAUCAGAUCCAGAUAGACACCCAGAACCAGAAACUGGAGACUCUUCUGAACCUGAGACUGAUAGACAGUGAUGAUCAGACGGAGACCACGUCAGUCAGGUUUAAACACUCAACAAAUAAUGAAAUCCCAGUGCCAAACAGUUGAGCUACUCUGAGUGGGGAAGGAGAUUUGUCCUCAGAAAUCUGAAGAGAUACAAGACUAUAGGCCUACUGUCCACGCAGGGUCACAUGUCCAAGUGACUUCCAAAGCAGCGGUGAUGAAACUACUAGAGAGAGAGGCAGCAGCUGCUCAGUGUUUAGUGCGGUCAAUAUGCUAUAAUACAUCCAUGGUUUCAUGUUAUCUAAAAGAUUUUCAAUAAAAACAAUGGUUGGUAUUGUC